AUGUUCCUGACGCUUCAGACCAUGUCCCCGCCAGUGACUAACGACGGCAAGGCGAAUAGCUUCAUCUCCCGUAACCCGGCUCCUACCAAGGUCAAAGGGUUCGGCAACCGCAAUGCCGCAGUCACCGUGUCCGUCCCAGGUUCCUUUCUGUCAUCCCGUCCUCUCGGCCCGCCUCAGGAGCGUCACCACCUUAACUUUCGCCAGCCUCCGAUCCUGAAGCGCCAGCCCGUUGUAGACGCGACGUCCAAGGACUCUCAGGCCAAGAUCGAGGAGCUCGAGCAAGAGGACGGCGCAGACCAGCAUGGGACUCCUUUGACCGACUUGCCCAACGUUCCCCGCUCCCACUUUCACCGCAGCACCCAAGCUACCCAGCAGCCCAGCGCUGAGGUCCCCGCAAUCAAGCCCACCUUUCGUAGACAUGGUUCCCGCCGCCCUGUCUCCUCGUUUGAAGAUGAUGCAGCUAAGUCAGGUUCACUGGCCCAGCCCACGAGGGCCAACACCGACCGCGGGGUUACCCAGAUCCGCCAGCCACCCCACCAGUCGCUUCCAUCCCACGAAUACGGUUACGACGAGGAGGCCUACGGCGAUGCCGACAUCCAGGAUUCGAUCGGUGACUUCCAGCCGGCAACCGUGCUGAUCCAUCCCGGGACCGUCUGGCAGGACACUCACGUCGACGACAAUGACCUUGAGCUCGACGACACACACGAUCACCAGCUCCAUCUCUCGGACAGUGUCCCUCACCGGUCGUCUGACUCGUCUCGCCAGUCGCUAUUUUUCGAUGGACCCGCGCAGGCUCCCAACUCCCAAGGGGCACAAGUGGCUACCCCUAGACGCGGUACCAAUCACGGUACCCACAUCCAGGUCAACGAUUCUACAUUCUCGGACGGUUCGGAAGCCGGUGGUCUGCACCCGAAUAGCCGCACCAGUGGUCACAUGGGCCGUGCUGUCCCAGGGCGCCAGCUCAAGACCGUCGCCGCAGGCGAGGUCCGUAGAAACUUCAGUGCCCAGCAGCACCACCUUCCUCAACACCGCGUCCCGUUUGGCAAGUCGUCGGCCCAGCUUCGUCAACCCUCCGAGCUCCACGGCCAACAGCCGCUGCGUCUGCCUCGUGGUCAGAUGCGCCAGGAUGGACAGCCUGUGCACGGCAUGCCCGCCCAUGCUCGCGGCCACUCUUCCGGAGUUCACCCGCAGUCCCGCCCACAGACGAUGCAGCAGACGCUCUUCUCUGGAAACAAGUUCUCCUCUCCGAACGGCCCGCUUCAGAACAUCAACCUGGCCGCGAUUUGGCAGAGUGCCUACCGAGAGGCUAAGCGUCAGCGCGAGGCCCCAAGUUUCGACCUCCAUCUCGCGCUCGAGAAUUAUCAGAAGGACAUCAACCGCACUGUCGGCAAGAUGACCGACUUUCUCUACAAUCUCCAGAGCGAGCAGCAAGGCCUUGAAGCCGAAGUCGAGAAGUCGGUCCGUAAACUCGAGUACAAGACUACUCUUUACGACAAGGCCCGCGAGGAGACCGCCAGUGUGGGCCGCACAGCUAAGCCUUGGGAGGCCAAGCGCUCUGGCCAGUAA